AUGGCAACUGGAAUAGAUGCUUCCUGCUCAGAAGGUACAACGGCCAAGAAGCAGGGCGCCGAGGACGCUACUGAUCCCGCCCGAUCCUGGACAUACAGCGCCAAACGAAACACGACGUACUUGGUAUCUCUCUACAAGCUUGUCUCCUCGAUGGCAGCGUCUUCGCCAUCACCGGCUCUGGCAGUCAUAGGAAUGGAAUUUGGCACCCAGAGCAAAGUGCUCAAACUUUUGCCGCUCUCAGCUUACUUGCUGGGCUAUACAGUGGGACCCUUGAUCAUCACUCCACUCGCGGACGCUUUUGGCCGAAUCCGAAUGCUACAGAUGAGCAACAUCAUCUUCGUCAUCUUCAACCUCGCAGCAGGAUUCUCACGAAACAAUGCAACUCUAGUUACGCUACGGGUGCUUAGCGGAGUGGGAGGCUGCGGAGCAUUGACUCUGGGAGGUGGCAUCCUGCGCGACUGCUGGAUCAAAGAGGAAAGGACCAGAAUGAUUUCUGUCUACAGUCUUCCCGCACAGCUAGGACCAGCAAUCGGGCCUAUCAUGGGAGCUUUCAUCUCGAAAUAUUUGUCAUGGCGUUGGACAUUCUGGAUAGUGUCCGUAUGCAGUGGGACUGUGCAGCUGGUCGGCUUCAUCUUCCUGAGAGAGACAAGACCAGGUUUCAUCGCCACCUCGGACGGCUCACAUGCACGAAUGGCAAGCAAGGUGGCUAAAGACCUCAAAGAGAGUUUCCAGAGACCACUGAAAAUUUUGAAGCUUCACGCGGCUACGCAGCUUCUUGCGUUGUAUUCGGCAUUUGCGUAUGGCUUGACAUUCCUGGCAAUCGUCUCUUUCCACGGGGUUUGGAGUCACCACUACAGCCAACCGGAGGACUUGGGGAGUCUCAACUUCCUUGCCCUCGCUUGCGGAUUCGUGGCAGGGAGUCUGGGCAUCCGACCGAUCAAUGAAAAGAUAUACGCGAAACUCAAAACCCGCGAUGAGAAGCAAGAAGGCCAUCCAGAGUAUAGAGCUCCAACAUUGGUCAUCGGAGCACUGUUGGUUCCAGCAGGACUUCUCCUCUUCGGUUGGACGGCUCAGGCGCGAGUCUUUCCGGUGGUGCCUGACCUUGGUGUUUUCCUGUAUGCAGCAGGCAUCGUGGUUGUUCUGCAAUUCACUAAUUUGUACAUCGUGGAUAUCUACGAGGCUCAGGCAGCAAGUGCCAUGUCCGCAAUCACUGUCAUCCGCUCGCUCGUGGGGUUUGGCCUCCCGUUAUUUGGACCGAAGUUGUUCGAGGCUCCCCUGGAAUAUGGAUGGGGGAAUUCCGUGCUAGCGCUGAUCGCAAUGGUGAUCGGUUGGCCUCUUCCUCUGCUGAUAUGGAGGCGAGGACGGCGACUUCGCACACGGGAUGCUGAAUAUCAAGUCUGA